AUGAAAAAAGAUUUAAUGCUUACCGUAAUACAAAAAAGAUGGGUUAUCCUAUGCCUGUUUGUAUUACUAUGCUUAUUCGGAUAUUACUCUUGGAAACAAUUAUCAAUAGAAGCCUAUCCCGAUAUAGCUGACGUCACAUCUCAAGUAGUGACUCAGGUACCCGGAUUGGCAGCAGAAGAAGUUGAACAACAAAUAACCAUACCUCUCGAAAGAGCGCUCAACGGUAUGCCCGGCAUGCAUGUUAUGCGAAGUAAAAGUACCUUCGGCCUUUCGAUGAUUACAGUCGUUUUUGAGGACGGUAUUGAAGACUAUUGGAGUCGCCAGCGCGUACAAGAGCGCCUAAAUGAAGUUGAUCUCCCAUAUGAUGCCCUUCCUGAAUUAGACCCAUUAACUUCUCCUACCGGCGAAAUAUACCGUUAUAUAAUAGAAAGUGACAAUCACUCGCUCCGCGAACUUACCGACCUUCAGAACUGGGUAAUCAUACCCCGCAUCAAGGAAGUGCCCGGCGUGGCAGACGUUACAAACUUUGGUGGAAUAACUACUCAAUAUCAAGUAGAAAUAGAUCCUCAUAAGUUGGAACAAUACGGUCUGUCUUUAGAUGACGUAAUGGACGCUAUAGAAAACAAUAAUUCGAAUGUUGGAGGUAGCAUACUCAAUCGUGGUGAUUUAGGAUAUGUGGUACGAGGAAUCGGACAAAUUACAGGGCUCGACGAUUUAGGGAAAAUUGUUGUUACUUCCGAAAAAGGGGUCCCUAUCUUUCUGAAUGAUUUAGGCAAGGUUAAAUAUGGUAAUCUGGAAAGAAAAGGUGUUUUAGGAUACUCUGAUCGUAGCCGUGAAUAUAGCGAAAGUAUAGAAGGGAUUGUUCUACUUUUGAAACACGAAAACCCAUCUGUAGUACUUAGCGGAAUCAAACAAGCUGUAGACGAGUUGAAUGAAGAGACAUUGCCCGAAGGUGUACAUAUACAUACUUUCUUAGACAGAACUGAACUGGUAGACACAACCUUACACACAGUUUCUAAGACUUUGCUCGAAGGUAUGAUAUUGGUUAUCGUUAUAUUGAUAAUAUUCUUAGGUAGCUGGCGGGGAGCUUUGCUCGUAGCCUUAACCAUACCUAUAUCUUUGCUUAUUGCCUUUAUACUGAUGUACCUUACAGAUAUACCUGCCAAUCUUUUGUCGCUUGGAGCAAUUGACUUUGGUAUUAUUGUAGAUGGUUCGAUUGUAAUGUUAGAAACUAUUCUGAAAAAGCGAGAAGAUAACCCUACAAAAUAUCUGGAAGAAAAAAGUAUUGCCAAACGAGUAACGGAAGUAGCCAAACCGAUAGCCUUUGCCACUAUUAUCAUCAUCACAGCCUAUCUGCCAUUAUUUGCUUUCGAAAGAGUAGAGCGAAAACUAUUUACUCCGAUGGCAUUCACAGUCAGUUAUGCUUUGUUAGGUGCAUUAUUGGUUGCUUUAUUCCUUAUUCCGGGUAUAGGAUAUGCGUUAUAUCGGAAACCUAAAAAAAUAUAUCAUAAUAAAUGGCUUGAGAAACUGAUUGAAAAAUAUUCUAGUACAGUAAAUAGUAUUCUUGCUAAGCCUAAAAAAGUAAUCAUAUCGGUAGUUAUAAUAUUUAUAGCAGCACUAGGGCUUACAGCUUAUGUCGGUAAAGACUUCCUUCCUGUAUUGGACGAAGGUUCUAUUUGGCUGCAAGUAAACUUACCUCCGGGUAUUUCAGUAGAAAAAUCGAGAGAGCUAUCCGACACAUUACGCCAACGUACGAUGAAGUAUCCCGAAAUCACUUAUGUGGCUGUACAAGCCGGGCGUAACGACGACGGAACUGACCCUUUUACCCCUUCGCACUUUGAAGUAUCGGUAGGAAUCAAACCGUAUAAAGAAUGGCCUAGCGGCAAAACCAAAGACGAUUUGAUUCAGGAAUUAUCUGAAGAAUACGAAAGUAUGCCGGGAUUUAGAGUUGGAUUCAGUCAGCCAAUGAUAGACGGUGUUAUGGAUAAAAUUGCCGGAGCACACAGCGAACUGGUAGUUAAAGUGUAUGGAAACGACUUCAAAGAAACGCGUCGAAUAGCAGAAGACGUUCUCGAAACGCUCAGAAAUGUAGAAGGAGCUGUAGACUUGGAUAUAGACCAAGAACCGCCACUGCCACAAUUGCAGGUACAUAUGGAUCGUGAUGCAAUAGCACGCUAUGGUUUAAAUAUAUCUGAUGUAAGCAAUCUGAUAGAAGUAGCAAUCGGAGGAAAAGCCAUUUCUCAAUUAUACCAAAAUGACAGAGUUUAUGACAUCACUUGUAAAUACGUAGAGGAUGCCAGAGAUACGCCUGAGAAAAUUAAAAACCUGACAUUGACAUCUUCUACAGGUGCUAAAAUACCUUUAUCACAAGUAGCCGAUGUAAGACUAAGUACAGGGGAAAGUACCAUUACAAGAGAAAUGAACAAAAGGCAUCUGACCGUUAAGCUCAAUCUAAGAGGUCGUGAUUUGGCUUCUUUCCUAAAAGAUGCCCAGGCGUCGAUAGAGAAAAAUGUAAAAUAUGACCACGAGCAGUAUCAUGUCAAAUGGGGAGGUCAAUUCGAAAACCAAAACAGGGCAUAUUCGCGUUUGGCUAUUAUAGUUCCAUUGGCGCUGGCUAUCAUGUUUGUAUUGUUAUAUGCCGCAUUCGGUAAAUUCCGACAAGCCGCAUUGGUAUUAAUGAUCGUUCCUUUAGCUUUAUUUGGCGGUAUGCUUGCACUCAAUAUAAGAGGUAUGACACUCAAUGUGUCUUCUGCUGUAGGAUUUAUCGCUUUGUUCGGUGUCGCUAUACAAAACGGAGUACUGAUGAUUUCACAUAUAAAUGGAUUGCGCAAAGAAGGCUAUGAGCUUAUAAGAGCAGUUAAAGACGGAGCACGUCAUCGAUUCCGCCCCAUAUUAAUGACUGCUACUGUAGCCAUGCUAGGGUUACUGCCGGCAUCACUAGCCACAGGUAUCGGUUCGGAUGUUCAACGCCCCCUUGCUACAGUAAUUGUAUACGGACUUAUGUUCUCUACUAUUAUUACAUUGGCACAAGAUUCUGGAGAAAAUAUAAACCCAACCCUAUCUUUUCAUGAAUACUUAAAUCUGGUAGGAAAAAAUAAUCUUAACUAUCUCGCCGAAAAAUACAAUGUGAGUAUAGCAGAUGCAGAAGUAAUUGCCCAGAAAGUAUUACCCGAUCCUGAACUCACAUUUGAAGGAGCUGAUGAGAAUUUUUCUCUAGGCCUUGGCUAUACACUUGAGCUGGGAAAUAAAAGGGGUGCCAGAGUUCGUUUAGCAAAAAGCCAAGCCGAACUAGAAAAAUUAGCCUUGGAGUAUUACUAUCAGGAAUUAAGAGCCGAAGCAGCAGAUUUGUAUCUGGAAGCUAUACAACAGCGCGAACUGCUGGAAGUAAAAAAGAGUUCUUAUGACUACAUGCUCCAAUUGAGCAAAUCGGACAGCAUCCGUUUCAGUCUGGGAGAAAUUACCGAAAUAGAUGCUCGGCAAUCUAAACUCGAAGCAGCCACUCUUUUGAAUGAAGUAUUUGAACAAGAAGCCGUUUAUAAAUCUGCAUUAGUAGUGCUUAAUCAAUAUAUGGGGCAAACAUCUACUUCGUUGAUGAGCCUUUCGGGAAAAUGGAAAAAUAUUGACAGAGAUUAUCUGCUUCCAGAUUUAAUUACAACCGGAUUGACAAGUCGCGUCGAUUUAUACGCAGCUCAAAAAAAUAUAGACGUAGCAACUAAUCAACAAAGAUUAAUAAAGGCUGAACGCAAAAUGGAUGUAGACCUUUCGGUCAGUUAUGAAAGGGAUUGGCAUGGUUUUUUACCUCCAUCCAGAUCGGUAGUGGGAGGAGUUACAAUCCCGCUCAAGUUUUCAAAUCUGAAUAAAGGCGCAGUGAAAGCGGCUAAUUACGGAAUAGAACAAACCAAAAUACAAAAGCAAAAUACAGAAUUAGAAAUUCAAACGGAAAUAUCUCAGGCUUUUUUCCAAUUUGAAGCAUCCCGAAAAAAAUCGCAACAAUAUAAAACCGGGCUAUUAGAAGAUGCUAAAAGAAUACUCGACGGAUUGGUAUAUAAAUACAAGAGAGGAGAAAGUGACAUAACAGAUGUACUGAUAGCACAGCGCACUUAUAACGAAGUGCAGGAACAAUAUUUGGAGACUAUGAAGGGAUUUGCCUCAUCGCUGGUUGCCUUACAGAAAGCUUGCGGGAUAUGGGAUAUUGAUUUUUAA